UUUUUCGAUGAUUGAGUUUUUGGUUGGCUGUCAACAUAAAUUGAUUGGUAUCGUAUAAGUGUCGUCUUCACUGGUUUGAUGAUGGGUAUCUUUGUUCUUCUUCUUUUUUUUUUCCCUCUGAUUGAUGGGUUAUGUGGGAUCUGCGAAUCGGGUUUUCUUCAAAGCUAAUUUGAAUGAGAUGAUCAAAAUGAGGAGUGGGAAGAUAUUAUUACUUCUGCUUUGUUUAAAUGUGGUCGCUUAUGGAGUGAUUGGUGCUUCACAAACAUGUCCCGCUGAUCUUAGCAGCGAUUGCAAUGAUUCAGGGGAAUGGGAGGGAGAAUUCUUUCCCGACAUUCCUAAAAUUAAGUAUGAGGGACCUUCUAGCAAGAACCCGCUAUCGUUCAAAUGGUAUAAUGCAGAAGAAGAGAUUCUGGGGAAGAAAAUGAAGGAUUGGAUGAGAUUCAGUGUUGCAUUUUGGCAUACAUUUCGUGGCACCGGUGGUGAUCCUUUUGGUGCAGCUACAAAGUUUUGGCCAUGGGAAGAUGGGACUAACUCAUUGGCAAUGGCCAAAAGGAGAAUGCGUGCUAAUUUCGAGUUUAUUAACAAGCUUGGAGUUGAUAAGUGGUGUUUCCAUGACAGAGACAUUGCCCCUGAAGGCAAUACAUUGGAGGAGUCUAAUGCAAACCUGGAUGAAAUGGUGGCUCUUGCUAAGGAGCUUCAGGGAAGCAAGAUCCAUCCUUUGUGGGGUACAGCUCAGUUGUUUGUGCACCCUCGCUUCAUGCAUGGAGCUGCUACCAGUCCUGAAGUAGCUGUAUUCGCAUAUGCUGCUGCUCAAGUCAAGAAAGCUAUGGAGGUCACGCAUUAUUUAGGCGGAGAAAAUUAUGUCUUUUGGGGCGGUCGUGAAGGUUAUCAGACUCUUUUAAACACCGAUAUGGGAAGAGAGCUUGAUCAUCUGGCAAGGUUUCUUCAAGCUGCUGUUGCCCAUAAGAAGAAGAUUGGGUUCAAUGGAACUCUUCUAAUUGAGCCCAAACCUCAAGAACCCACCAAACAUCAGUAUGACUGGGACGCUGCAACAUCAGCUAAUUUCUUGAGAAAGUAUGACCUUCUAGAUGAAUUUAAACUCAAUAUUGAGUGCAACCAUGCAACCCUGUCAGGACACAGCUGCCAUCAUGAGCUCGAAACUGCAAGAAUCAAUGGUUUACUAGGAAACAUUGAUGCAAACACUGGCGACCCUCAGAUUGGUUGGGAUACAGACCAGUUUCUCACAGAUAUUGGAGAGGCAACGUUGGUUAUGCUAAGCGUGAUCAGAAAUGGAGGUUUGGCACCUGGGGGAUUCAACUUUGAUGCAAAACUACGAAGAGAGAGUACAGAUGUUGAAGACUUGUUCAUUGCACAUAUUUCUGGGAUGGAUACCCUGGCCCGUGGUCUCAGAAAUGCUGCAAAGUUGAUUGAGGAUGGUUCUUUGGGAGAGCUUGUGCGGAAGCGAUAUCAGAGCUUUGAUUCUGAAAUUGGGCAACAAAUUGAGGCUGGUAAGGCUGAUUUUGACUUUCUUGAGAAGAAAGCCAUGGAGUGGGGAGAACCCAAGGUUCCUUCUGCCAAACAGGAACUAGCGGAGAUGUUUUUCCAGUCUGCACUAUAGAGAAUAAUAUCAUGUAGCGCUAAAUUAUGACGACUCUUCUUUUUCCUCUUCCUUUUCUUUUAUAUUCUCAGAAGUAGUACGUUACAGUAUUUUACAAAUAAUACGCGCUCAUUAAGGUUAAAUGCGAAGAUGAAGAUUCAUGCUAUCCCUUUCUUUAAGUCCUUCAACAUAACAUCUAAGUGUGCAUGUGCAGAUGCGCUGCAUAUGAGCAUCGGCUGUAUUUAAUGUUCUGUAAUCUUAAGCUGUUUGAUGAUACGUAGGCGAUUGAUUUGGUGUUCUUGAUCCUUAUAUAUAGCCUACUAGUAAGUUUCCA